AUGUCUUAUCAUAAGACAAAAACACAGGAGAACGAGCAAGAGAAAAAUGAUCGCGAUGCGAUUGCAUUUGGAACAAACAACUAUUCUUAUGUCGUCGAGCAAGGCGCCAUGGGUACACCAAAAAAUAUGGGAGGUGGUGUGAAAGUUCUCGAGAAGAAGCCAAAGGCGAAAUUCGCUCAUGCGCCGCCAAUCACACCAUUUUCUGUUAAUCCGACAAAAAAAUCGCACGUCAAGACAACCAUCAAGGAAGAAGAUCAGCAGAUGAUUUGUCAAGCAGCAAUUGUAGCUGAUCGCCUCGGAAGGGGUCUCGAACUGAUUUCACUUGUCAAUGAAACAGACGUUCCUGUUGGUUAUGCGACAACGGAGGAAAAAGCAAAUUAUGUGCUUGAUGUUAUUAGGUCUCAUUUGGAAAAGAUGACAGAAGACAAAUACGUUUUAUAUGGAUUCGUCGACGAGAAGCAAUGGAUUUUUAGCGGUGCUGAAAAUACGCUAGCGGAUUUCAGCGAACUAAGGCUCGAGUUAAAAUUGGUGUUAACAGCACCCGUUAAUAUGCAAAUUUCGGCAUUUUCGGGAAAUAUUAAGCAGCUCUCUGAUGUACUGAAGAAGCAAAACAGUCCAGAUAUCCGGAAAGCUUCGAACGAACGGCACAGCACUGAAAGAUCAUCGAAAAAAAAGAAGAAAGCUGUUGCGGCGGAGAAGAUUGAAAAGUUGGAAAAGAUAUUGAAAAAAGAUCAGACACCGAAAGCUCAAAAAUCAUCAUCGUCGUCAAAAAAUCCAACACCGCCAGGGAAAAAUGGUCAACGAAACGAAGAGCAAUUACACUCUGCUAAAGGUCCAAAGACGGGAAUGACGCAGAUUGAGAACACUGCUGGAUCGAAUUCCGGAAAGAAAACGAAGGCGAUUUCAGCAAAAAUUCCACGCGUUAAUGAGCUUUUCUCGACAAAAAACAAAUAA